AUGCAUAAUUUUUUUUAUGAAUUAUUUAGAUCACUGAGUGAUUUAAGAAAAGAUGAAAAAAAAAAAAAAGAACGAAUUUCUCAUUAUACAGGAGGUCAUAACAGUGGAUUAGAAGUUGAAAAUUCAGAUGAUGAUUUAGUUCAAAACUUUUUGAGUUCAAAAUUAUCAGAAAACUGUAGGCAUAUCACUUUAUACAAAAAUGGUUUUAUAAUAGAUGAUGGUGAAUUUCGUGAUUUAGAAGUUGAAGAAAAUAAAAAAUUUAUGGAGAAUAUUGAAGCAGGUAUUUUACCUAAAGAAUUGGCCUCUAAAGAUAAAACAGUUAAUGUUGCAUUGAAAGACAAAAGUAAUCAAAUAUAUACAAAAAAAAAACAAAAAGACGAUGAUUUAUAUAAAGGACAAGGAAUAAAAUUAGGAGGAAAUACAUCAAAUACAAAUGAAGAGGAAUUAAAUAAAUUACUAACAUCUUCUCCAAGUGAAGUUAAGAAAAUAAAUAUAGAUGAAAAUAAACCAUUAACAACUUUACAUGUAAGAUUAUAUAAUGGUAGAAAAAUUUCUCAAAAAUUUAAUUAUGAUCAUACAGUAGAAGAUUUAUUUCAAUACGUUUAUAGUGUUACACCCAUUAAUUUUUCACUAUAUUUUGAUUUUCCUCUUAAAUUAAUUGAAAGAAAUGAACAAACAUUAGAAAAUGCAAAUCUUUUAGAUACUAUUAUAACGCAAAAACUAACUUAA